AUGGACGACUUACUAGACUUGAGUUGGUCUGCUCCUUCUUCAUCUACUGUAAAGCAGCAACCUCCUCAAAAACCAGAAAAACCAAAAGAUGCAUUUGCCGACCUGUUAUCCUCUUCCACAGCAUCUAAACCUGUAGAUAUCUCUAAGCUUUCCUUGGUAGAGCGACAAAAACUGCAGCAACAGCAACAACAGCCGAGCAAUACAAGCUCUCCGUGGCUCACACCAACUCAAGGUACAACACCCCUCUCGCCAUCGAACCAUACCUCUGGAUAUAUACCUCCAUCAUCGUCGACAUUGGAAGCCAAGCAAACGCCCUCUGCCAACAAUACCAACGCAUCUUCGUUUGAAAAUUUGUUGGAUCCUUUUGGAAGCAGUAAGAGACAGACCGACGAUAGAAGCACGCCUUUAAACCAACUGCGCACGCAAACCUCGACACCGGUCUCUAACAACAAUGAAUGGGAUUUUGACCUUUUGGAUACCAAAUUGAAUGGCAAUGCGACCACCAACAGCACUUCCACACCUACUUCAGUCAUAGAUCCAUUUGAUGUAGACUCACUGGUGCAACAGCAGCAAACCAGAUCGCCUCAGGUAGCAACCACUCACGUUGCAGAACAGGAGGAUGAAGACGAUAAUCCUCUUGGCAUCUUGGCUCGACCAGCCAUUAAAUCGCCUCCAUUCACCGCUGCAUCACCAGAACCAGCAUCGCCUACACAGUCUCAUAGUUCUGUCAAUCAAGGGAGAAUCAUGUUGGAUGAGGAUCAGGAGGACGCAAUGCUGGCUCAACUCAUCGAAAUGGGAUUCAGCUUACAGGAGUCUAAAUUCGCCAUUGAAGCAACUGGUGGUCAAGGUUUGCAAUCAGCCGUCGAUUUGCUAGUCCAGAAUUCAGAAACUGCUCAAAGACAACAGCCUACCACAGCAGCUGUUCCUGCUCGUCCCAGUCAGCCCAUGUCACAAAACGAGCGUGCUCGCAAUACCCUGUUUGCUGAUGAGAAUGACAGCACUGCACCUGCGUCUCGUCGAUCACAACCAUCACAGCAACCCCGACCAAAGCACAGACAGCAAGAGUCUCAUGAUGAUUCACUGCAGGAAACCACUGAGAAAAUCGUAACUCAGGCUCAAGAAUUAGGCGGCUUUCUCUAUAAGAAUGCAACUUCCUACUUUAAAGCAGGCAGAGAAAAGGUGACAAAGGCAGUGGGCGAUUGGCAGGAACAACAAAGAGCACAGCGUUUGCAGCAAAUGCAUGACGAGCAAAGUGGCUCUGUGCGACCCAAGUGGAUGCAUGCUGGCGAUGACACGCUAGACAUGUCAAGCAAGUCGGUAGAGAAGUUUGCGGAUGACGAUGAUAGUGAGGAUGAGGCACAACAAAGCAUGGAGACAGAGAGAAGAAGACUACAAAAAAUGAGAAGAAUCCAGGAAACGAAACAACGCGAACAAGCGGCCGCUGCUCACAAGCAAAGACAACAGCAAAAGCUCAGAAAGGAUGCAUUAAUUGACGAUGAGCAAGAAACAUAUGUUUCUCCUUCGCGUCGCAGAGGCGGCAGUGGAAGAUCGACGCCCAGAUCCAAUGCCUCUCCUCAAUUGGAGCAACAAAAGUCAUCUACACCUUCCACGCCAAAAAAUAUUCGCUCACGUCCCAUUGUUAACGCGUCUCCUGAUGUCAUGGCCAGAGCAAAUGAGGCUAGAAACCAGGGCAACGAAAAGUUCAAGUUGGGUCAAUUUGGUGAAUCUGAGGAAGCUUAUACGCGUGCCAUUGAUAUUCUUCCCGACGAGCAUGACCAUCAAGUGCUUCUUUACAACAACCGAGCCAUGGCUCGCUUGAAGAUUGGACAUUACAAGAAGUGUGUUGAAGAUUGCGAUUUUGCACUUGGUUUAGCAAAACGCAGUGGUGAGGGCAGCACAAUCUCAGAAGGCGUUGUCAUUCAAUGGCGUGAUCAGAUCAUAAAAUCACUUUCCCGCAAGGCAGAAGCAUUAGAGAACAUUGAAAAAUACAAGGAAGCGCUUGCUACAUACGAUGAGCUACUAAAACACGAAGGCGGUGGCAAUCCCAAGGUGAAUCAAGGCAUGUCUCGAUGUAGACUAGCAUUAAACCCCAAGAAGAAAGCAUCCUCGACAGUCAAGAAGCCCGCGACACCUGUUGCUGAAGCCAAGAAAGAUAAUUUCAUGGCCAUGUUUGACCCUAAUGCACCUUCCACUAGCAGUACACCCACUACAUCAGAAGCAGAACUGAGUAAGAGUAAGGCUGUCGCUGCCAUGAGAGCCAAGGCUGCAGAACAAGAAGCAGAGGAUGCAGAGAAGCUGGAAAAAACAGACGAUGUCAAUGCUCGCCUGAUUGCCUGGAAGGCUGGCAAGGAACAAAACUUGAGAGCCUUGUUGGCUACCUUGGACACGUUACUAUGGCCCGGUGCUCAAUGGAAGGGUGCUCAAAUGAGUGAACUCAUUAACCCCAAGAAAUGUAAAAUCACCUACAUGAAGGCUAUCAGCAAAGUGCAUCCUGACAAGCUUCCAUCUGAUGUUACUGUGGAGCAACGCAUGCUAGCGAGCGGCAUCUUUGCCAGCUUGAAUGAAGCUUGGGAUUCUUUCAAGAACCAAAAUCAACUGUAG